AUGCCCGGCCUACAUACUCAUGAGAAAUACGUUUUUGGUAGAGAUCCAAAGGAAUCUGACCGAUUGCUCACAAAGGUGACUGAAAACACCUUGAUCCACCCAUCCAUUCCAAAGGAAAACCUGCUUUCCGUUGCAGAUAUAGCCACCGGGACUGGUAUUUGGCUGAAAGAUGUUUCGAAGGUCUUGGACCCUGAAUCUCAGAGUCCAGUCUACUAUCAUGGAUUCGAUAUCUCGUCCCAGCAGUUCCCCAAGGAAGAAGAUAAUAUCCACUUCUCUGUUCACGACAUAACGAAACCUUUUCCCGCGGAACAUCUGGGCCGGUAUGAUCUUGUCCAUGUGCGACUCCUGAUUGCCGCAAUCGACGAGUCUGAUUAUAAAUUGGCAAUUGCAAACAUAGACGCCAUCUUGAAGCCCGGUGGCCAUCUCCAGUGGGAGGAGAUCGAUGAAGAAACUUACAUAUCUGACAACAACCCUGUUAUCCAAGAGAUUCGGAGAUGUUUCGACUCUUCGUUCACGGCCGAAGGGAAAUGCUUUCAGGCUUCAGCAAAGGUUUUCCAGGAAUGUAUGGCAGCCGGAUACAUGGAUGUCGUGCGGUUGGCAUAUACUUCGGACUGGGAUAAAUGUAUCCGUCACGAGACGGAUGAACGGCUAGUAGCAAUUAUCGAAACGCUGUAUGCUGGUCUUCUGGUGCGAUCUGGACAAGUGAAAGAUGAAGAGGCGGCAAUUAUCAGAACUGCAGCCUUGGUUAAGCAGCAUCGCGAAAUCUGUGCGACUGGAAAUUCUCCGCCGCUGAAGUUAAUGCGAGUUAUUGCCCAGAAGCCUACCUAG